AUGGCGCAAUACUUCUUCGACCUUCUCUACAAUUUCACAGAUUGCAUGUGCUGUUUUCCCAGCAGUCCGCAGCUUAAGAUCAACAACCGAAGCUUCAAACUUCUGCGCCUGCUCGGGGAGGGCGGUUUCUCCUAUGUCUACCUCGUCCAGGAUAAGAACAGCAGCGAACUGUUCGCACUAAAGAAAAUUCGCUGUCCUUUUGGCCAAGAAUCCGUAUCACAAGCGCUGAAGGAAGUCGAAGCUUACAAUCUGUUCACAUCGCAAAACAACAUCAUCCACUCAAUCGACCACUGCGUAUCCACCGAAUCCGGCUCGAAAUUCAGAUCCGACGGCGGUGAGGCAGGCUCCAAGACUGUCUAUAUUCUGCUUCCAUACUACCAGCGCGGUAAUCUCCAGGAUGCCAUCAAUGCUAAUCUGGUCAACCACACCAAGUUCCCGGAGAAGCGAUUGUUGGUUCUCAUACUCGGUGUCGCCAAGGCGCUUCGCUCAAUGCAUCAGUACCGCGUGAAGAGUGGUGCAGCAUCUACACGGAAGGCGAAGGGGGUGCGCAGAGAAGGCGAAGAGGCAGAUGCGGAACGGACGAUGCAGAUGAAGCCAAAGCGUCGGGCCAGCCAUCGCAUGGCUCAGGAUGAAGAAGAUGAGGAGAACGAGCCUUUGAUGGACGACGAGGUGACUCAGAGCCAGGAAGGUGUUCAAGAUGGCGACCUGCGCCCAUAUGCGCACCGCGACGUCAAGCCUGGCAACAUCAUGAUCGACGACAAUGGCCAAAGCCCCAUCCUGAUGGAUCUGGGAUCUCUGGCCCCCAGCCCGAUCGCCAUCACCUCCCGGUCACUCGCCUUGGCAGUGCAGGAUACUGCCGCAGAACACAGCACCAUGCCAUACCGCGCGCCGGAACUCUUCGACGUCAAGACAGGGUCCAUAAUCGAUACCAAGGUCGACAUCUGGUCGCUGGGCUGCACAUUGUAUGCCUGUCUAGUUGGCAAGAGUCCCUUCGAGGCACGCAGCGAAGAGACCGGUGGUAGCUUGAGCAUGUGUGUCCUCGGUGGUGACUGGCGAUUCCCCGACGAGAAGUCUGGCGCUUCCAAGGGCAAGGCGAAGUCUGGCGAGAGCGAAGACGCAUCCAAGGGUGAUGGUCCGGCAAUUAGUGCACCUGUCAAGGAUAUCGUUCGCAAAUGUCUCACGGUCGAGCCCUCGGAACGACCAGAUAUCGACGAGCUCAUUGAGCUCAUGCAGGGUGUCAUUGAGCAGAUGCCCGAGGAUGACAUCGCAGGCCCAUCUCAUUAG